CUCAGACUCGCAGGCAGCGCAGCGCUGAUCAAACCACAACUUUUCACAUGUUUUCAAGUUUGAAGAUAGACAAAUGGCGCAUCGGGUCACCAGUUAUUUACGAAGCGGUGCUAUUUUUAACUUGGGAAUUGUGUAAAUAGCCUCGUUACCCCAACAAAAGAGAAAUCCACGGCGGAUCAAGUUGUGAGCGAGAUAAAGGAACCCGGCUCGGCCCUGCUGCUGUGGAGGUCAAAGUCGAGAUGUCUGUCAGCAACCACGAAAACAGAAAGUCCAGAUCCAGCUCCGGCUCCAUGAACAUCCAUCUCUUCCACAAGACGUCCCACGCCGACAGCCUGUUGACUCAACUCAACCUGCUGCGCAAGCGGAAGGUCUUCACGGACGUCGUGCUGAAAGCCGGCAACCGCGCCUUCCCCUGCCACCGGGCCGUCCUGGCCUCCUGCAGCCGUUACUUUGAGGCCAUGUUCAGCGGUGGGCUCAGGGAGAGCCGCGACGAUGACGUCAACUUCCACGACUCCCUCCACCCGGAGGUGCUGGAGCUGCUGCUCGACUAUGCCUACUCGGCGAGAAUCCUCAUCAACGAGGAGAACGCCGAGUCCCUCCUGGAAGCUGGAGACAUGCUCCAGUUCCACGACAUCAGGGACGCAGCUGCAGAGUUUCUAGAAAAGAACCUGCACCCGUCUAACUGUCUGGGGAUGAUGCUGCUGUCGGACGCCCAUCAGUGUCAGAGGCUGUACGAGCUGUCGUGGAGGAUGUGUCUGGCUAACUUCGCCACGCUCUUCAGGACGGAGGACUUCCUCAGCCUGCCCAGAGACAAAGUGAAAGAGCUGAUCCUCAGCGAGGAGCUGGAGGUGGAGGACGAGAGCCUGGUGUACGAGGCUGUUAUUGACUGGGUCAAGGCGGACAUGGAGCAGAGGCACAGCGAGCUGCCCGAGCUGCUGCGCUGCGUCCGCCUGGCGCUGCUGCCCGAGUCCUACCUGCUGAACAACGUUGCGUCCGAGGAACUCGUGAUGUGCCACAAGGUGGGGCGUGAGAUCGUCGAGGACGCCGUGCGGUGCAAGAUGAGGAUCCUGCAGAACGACGGCAUCGUCACGGGGUUCUGUGCUCGGCCCAGGAAGGUCAGCCAGGCCCUGCUGCUGCUGGGGGGGCAGACGUUCAUGUGCGAUAAAGUCUACGUGAUUGACAACAAGACCAAAGAGAUCACCCCAAAGACCGACAUCCCCAGCCCCAGGAAGGAGUGCAGCGCCUGUGCCAUCGGUUGUAAGGUUUACGUAACUGGGGGCCGUGGGUCCGAGAACGGAGCCUCCAAAGACGUCUGGGUCUACGACACGUUACACGACGAGUGGUCCAAAGCAUCGCCGAUGUUGGUCGCCCGGUUCGGACACGGCUCAGCGGAGCUGGACCACGUGCUGUACGUCGUGGGAGGACACACGUCUCUGGCAGGAUCCUUCCCCGCGUCGCCGUCGGUGUCCCUGAAACAGGUGGAGCAGUACGACCCCCAGACCAACAAGUGGGCCUUGGUGGCUCCCCUCCGAGAAGGCGUGAGCAACGCCGCCGUCGUCGGUGCCAAAAACAAACUCUUUGCCUUCGGCGGCACCAGCGUCAACAGAGACAAGUAUCCCAAGGUGCAGUGCUUUGACCCCUGCCAGAACCGGUGGUCGGUGCCGGCGGCGUGUCCGCAGCUGUGGCGGUACACGGCGGCGGCGGUGGUCGGGAACCACGUCGUGGUGAUUGGAGGCGACACAGAAUUCUCCGCCAGCUCCGCGUACCGGUUCAACAGCGAGACGUACCAGUGGUCGAAGUUUGGCGACGUGACAGCCAAGCGGAUCAGCUGUCACGCCGUGGCGUCGGGAAACAGACUAUAUGUGGUCGGGGGCUACUUCGGGGCUCAGAGGUGUAAGACAUUAGACUGUUACGAUCCUUCAUCGGACUCCUGGGACAGUGUGACCAGCGUGCCCUACUCGCUCAUUCCUACGGCCUUCGUCAGCACCUGGAAGUAUCUCCCGGCAUAGAAACCACCCCACUCUCAAGGCUCCUCGAUGGGCCGUGGCGUCUGGUAUGCAGGCAUGUGUCUCUCUUGACUGGCUCCUAGGAGGAGGAAGAUGAAGAGGAAGGCCUUUGUGUGUCCCGCUGUGGCCCGAUUCAGCCCGAUGGACAUCAUCUUCAGCUGCAGAGGAGCGCAGGCCUGGGAGCAGCACAGAGACUUAAAGUCUGCAGUUUUUUUUCCACCACCUGAUCUGUUUAUUCAAAGUUUUUGUGUGACUUUCCCAUGCUGCCCGCAGUCUGAGCAGCACCCGUUGCCAUGAUAACUGCAGGCACCUCAUAGCUAUCUCAGCUCAAAAACAUCCACCUUUUUUUUUUCUUUUUUCCUUUGUCCUUCCUCUCUGUCCUUCUGGGACGAAUAAGCUACUGUGACUGUAUCAGCCCUGGACUGCUGAACUAACCCCCCCUUCCAUCACACACCGUCAUCUCUCCAGUACCAGUUUAACUGAAAUGUCGAUUUACAGUGAACUAAACAAGCAAAUGAAGCUGUCUCCCCCUCUGGACGUGUUUACUCAGGUGUAAAUUAUUUGGAUAGCUGAUACGCUGAUUGAGACCUUCGCUGAGCCAGGCGUGUGGAGAGAGAGCGGCAGAGGACCGUUUUGGAAGUGUAUGAUUUUGUGCACAGAAACGGUCUUCAUGUCUGUAUUUUUAGCACUUGGAUUUGGGCUUUCCUCAAUUUUGGUGAACUAAAUUUGUACUUUUGCUCCACAACUUAAAAGAAAGUGGGAGCUCGUGCGGCCCAUCGUGGCUGAAGGACACGCGCGUGCGUUUUCAAGACGUGUUUUUUCAGCCGGCAGUUGUCAGUUUUGUGUCUCAGGGUUAUGUCUGUGUAUGCCUGCAGUCGUUCAAGGAAGGGUUUCAUCUGUCUUUCCUAGUUUCUUAUUUUAUAGUGAAUGUACUUUUUAAAAAAAGAAAGCAUUUUACAAACGUCUCUGUUUUGAGCAUUUUCUUGCAUUUUUUUUUUUUUUUGCCAAGUGAAAACAUAUGAUUAAGUAUAAAUAUUGCCAAACCUUAGUGUUAUUGAUUUGAAUAACAAAAGCUAAGUGUGUCCUAAGUACUUGGAUUUGUAGUUGUAAAUCUCUUUUUCCAGUGCUUUUUUUUUUUUUUUUUUAAUAUCUCCAAUGGAAGUCAUGUGUGUAUAGUUUGUACAUUUACUUUAUAAUUAUUUUGUAGAUGCCUUUUGAUUUGCACAGUUUGUUUCGAAGAAACUUUUCAAUGGUCUUAAUUUUGUAUCUUUGUCUUAAUCCAACUCGGUGUAGUUUGAAUAAUCGAAGCCUUUUUGUAGCAAGUUUUCAACUCUUCUUGCUUUCCAAAAUCUCCAUCUGUGCUCCAUGGAAGUCACCGAUAUCUCAGAGUACACACCGGUUAUCAUGAAAUAUGAAGCUAUUACUGAAGCAGCCUGUUACUACAUGUUGUACUGCUCAUAACUAGUCAAUAAACAUGAUAUUGCU